CUCUGUGCGUCGCCAUUUUGUUUUGGAUUUGUAAAGAAAUGGGUCGUCGCAGCCGCUCUCGCUCCCGCUCUCCAGCUCGUCGCGACGCAAAGGACAAAGCUAAAGACAAAGCCAAAUCAUCUACAAGAGGCCGUAGUCCAGUACGGAAAAAUAAAGCAAAGGAGAAGCCAGCUAGACGUCCAAGUUCUUCAUCAAGCAGCGACAGCUAUUCUUCAAGUAGUGGCAGUUCAGGUAGCUCCAGCCGCAGCUCCAGUUCAGGAUCAAGCAGCAGUGGUAGCCGCAGUUCUAGUUCCAGCAGUUCCGGGUCCAGCAGCUCGAGCUCACCAUCUCCUAUUCGUAAAGGAAGUGCCAAAGUAAAGAAAGAAACAAAGAAGGAAAUCAAGGUAGAAGGAAAAGAGGUUACAAAAGAGCCAAAGGAGACUAAAACCAAAGCUAUACCUCCACCAGAACAACCCAAGGUAAAAUCAAAAUCCCCACCUCCAAAACCACCAAUAAAAGCACCCAAGAGAUCUACCUCUAGAUCAGUGUCCAAGUCUCCUAGUCCUGUGCGACGUAUAAGGCCAAGAUCAAACUCAAGUUCAUCUUCAGGAUCAAGGUAUCGCUCAAAGUCUAAGUCAAAGUCACGAUCACCAAGGCGACGGAGGAGAAGUCCAACUCCAAAACCAACAAAGUUGCAUGUUACUCCCCUUUCUCGUAACAUUAACAAAGAUCAUGUGUUUGAGAUAUUUGGUAUUUAUGGACAUGUAAAAACAGUGGACUUGCCACUGGAUAGGUUUAACUCUCUGCCAAGAGGAUUUUGUUAUGUUGAAUAUGAUGAUCCRGAAGAAUGUGAAAAAGCAUUGAAACACAUGGAUGGCGGGCAAAUUGAUGGCCAGGAAAUAACAGUACAGACUGUUCUUCCCCCAAGACAAAGGGACGUUAGACCACCCUACAGACGCCCAAGUCCACCUCGAAGAAGACAGCCAUGGAGAAGAAGCCCACCAAGAUUCAGAGGGGGUGGCAACUACAGGUCAUUUAGGCGCUCUCGUUCACCAGCUUCACCUCCACGCAGACGUAGAUCACCAUCUAGGUCACGAUCGCCACAAAGAAGACGUAGAUUUAGCAGUUCUAGCUCAGAUUCUUCAAGAUAGAGAACGUUUUCUAAAAUGCCUAACUUUUUCUUAAUCUGCUUUUCCUUCUCCGAAACUUACGUUAUUAAGCCUUUUUAAGAGGCAAAUCAGAAUUGCUUUGUUCCCAAGGACUUUAUAGGUAACAAUGCUUAUCAGUUUUGUCAUAAACUUUAAUGGGCAAAACUAGCCAUGUUAGACAUUUGCAUUUCUAAAACCAUUUGUAGAAUAUGAGGAUGUAAAAGAUCUGCUCUCCCAGGUUUUAAGUAUAUGACGUAUAACUUCAUUUAGUUUGUACAUUGCAGAAUAAAAGAUAUUAAAAAGAAAAUGCUUUUUAUUUGAUUUUUGGUAUUGUUAAUUGAUGGAGCACUCGGUUAGUUGAUUUAAUAUAUCUUCCAUCCAUCGUACUUGUAUUAUUUAGGUUUGGUAACCACUAGGGACAUAAGGAUCAGAAACAUAACCUGCCUAUAUUUUUAUGUUCGCGAUUAUGUUGGUUUUUAAUGCAUGUUAUGCUUAUGUUUCAGUGCAUUCCCACUACGAAAUAAGCAACAUAACACUCUUACRAAUAUGUUUACAAUAAUUAUUAUAAUAUUAUGACCCUUACGUCGCUAGUGGGUACCAAGCCUCAUUAUAAAAUACUUCAGAUAUAACCCACGCUGAUUGGCUGCCAACUGUAACUUUUAUAUUGUGCAAAAUCAAUAAAAAAUAUAAAAACAAUAUGAAUGCCUUCCUAUGUCUCUGUAUUGUGA